AUGAUUUCCGGAACGUCAUCGUCGUCGUCUUCGAGUGAGGGAAAUAAGAAGGAUGAUGAUGAUGACGAUGCCCAGGAGAGGAAGCCGACCUUUCCCUCUAGAGCCCUCGGGCCGAAGAUGAUAUUGAAGCGGCGUCCUGAGGGGUUGAAGGCAUCAUCUCAGGCUACCAGAGAUGACACUCGUGGAAGUACUAUUUUGAAGCACCUUAGUGGCCCAACGAACACAAGAAUGCCUCCUUAUGAAUACUCGCAUGGUAGAGCACGAUCGACGAAUGGGAAGAGCAGUGGAGUCGAUGCUUGGCUUACACUGGAUCGCAUUAUUGUUCUAGAUCCUAUAGGCGUCAACUUGCUCGCCAUGGAAAAGAAGGAUUUGUCGAAUAAUGGUGCUGGUCGUGAUCGUCGAAAUGCCUCCGAUCGGGAGAAGGAUGCUGGCCAGAACACCAUCAUCAAGUUGAACUUGGCGAUACCCCAAACGCACGAGACGGCCGCUUUCCAGGGGCCUUGUGUACCCUACAUCACGCCGGAGGAUGAGAAGAUGGAGAUGGGAAAUGAUAAUGGGAGGAGAUUGAUUUCCUACCCUGGUCUCAACGAUGUAUUGCAUACCACUCCUUUAUCACUUGAUGUGUCCUUAAUGUUGAGGGGAGCUGUACGGGAGAAGGCAUCAGGAGGCAGUUCGAAUCGACACGGAACUGAAAUAGAGUGGUGGACAUCCACCUUGGUGAAGUGGAGAGAANNNNCUAACCCCCAAAGGUUACUUUAG